AUGACGCUCGCGGCCGCCUCCUCGCUGUCCCAAUCCCGCGUCGCCGCGUCUGCCGGCGACUGGAGCCGCGCACACAGCCUGGCGGAGCAGGCAAUUGCCCUCGGCCAGAGUGAUGCUGCAAAGGAGGCCGCACACGUCGCGCGAGUGCUCGCCGCGGCAGCGAGCGGCCCGCGCGCUGUGCUCAGGGUCUCUGCGAGGCCGGCGGCGGCCGAGGUGAACAAGGCGUACCACCGGCUGUGCGUGCGCAUUCAUCCCGACAAGAAUGACGAUCCGCACGCGGCCCAAGCCUUCGCGGCCCUCCUCGAGCUCGGCCUGCCGGACGGGUGGAUGUAUGUCGAGCGGGUGAGGGCGGAGGGGGCUUCGGUCGGCACCCGCGACCGGUACUACUACAGCCCGGCCGGCGCCAAGCUGUUCCGCUCCAAGCGCGAGAUCCUGCAGCACCUCGCCGCGGGUGGGCCCUGGGGCGCGCGCCUGCGGCUUAAACGGCUUAAAACCGGCCUAGGCCGGUUUUAA